AUGGUGAGGCUGCUUCACUACCAUUGCGAACAGCUGGAGAUGCACUGCUUGAGAAACACAGUUAAUCCUUGCACGCUGAAUCUUCUGCUCGCGGCUGGUGCUGACCCGAACCUGGGAGACGAGUUCAGCAGCGUCUACGAAACUGCCAAAGAAAAGGGGCUGCAUUCUCUGGAAGUUCUGGUCACCCGGGAGGACGACUUCAACAACCGGUUGAACAACCGAGCCAGUUUCAGGGGCUGCACAGCCCUGCACUAUGCUGUGCUGGCCGACGACUACCCUUGCGUCAAGAUGCUACUCGACGGAGGUGCCAACCCCCUGCAGAGAAAUGAAAUGGGGCACACGGCCGUGGAUUACGCCCGAGAAGGAGAGGUCAUGAAGCUUCUGAAAGCGUCGCAAACAAAGUUCCAGGAAGAGCAGCGCAAGAGAGAAAUAGAGGAACGGCGUCGUUUUCCCCUGGAGCAGAGGCUGCGAGAGCACAUCAUCGGGCAGGAGAACGCCAUAGCAACUGUCGGAGCCGCCAUCCGGAGGAAAGAAAAUGGCUGGUACGACGAAGAGCAUCCAUUGGUUUUCCUCUUCCUGGGAUCGUCCGGAAUAGGUAAAACUGAGCUGGCCAAGCAGACGGCCAAGUACCUCCACAAAGACGUCAAGAAGGGCUUCAUCCGACUGGACAUGUCCGAGUUUCAGGAGAGGCACGAGGUCGCCAAGUUUAUUGGCUCCCCACCAGGCUACGUUGGCCACGAGGAAGGCGGGCAGCUCACGAAGAAACUCAAGCAGUGCCCCAACGCGGUCGUCCUCUUUGACGAAGUGGACAAGGCCCACCCGGACGUCCUCACCAUCAUGCUACAGCUCUUUGACGAAGGCCGGCUGACGGACGGGAAAGGGAAGACCAUCGACUGCAAGGACGCCAUCUUCAUCAUGACCUCCAACGUGGCCAGCGACGAGAUCGCCCAGCAUGCCUUGCAGCUGAGGCAGGAGACCCUGGAGCUGAGCCGGAAGAGGAUCGCGGAAAAUCUGGAUGAUGUCCAGAUGUCCGACAAGAUCACAAUCUCCAAGCAGUUCAAGGAGAACGUCAUUCGCCCCAUCUUGAAGGCUCACUUCCGAAGGGACGAAUUCCUCGGCAGGAUCAACGAAAUCGUCUACUUCCUCCCCUUCUGCCACUCGGAGCUCAUCCAGCUGGUCAACAAGGAGCUCAGCUUCUGGGCAAAGAGGGUCAGUGAAGCAGGAGCCCCCAAGGGUGGGCGUCACUUUGUGCAUGAGCUCAGCGGCCAGCAGUUGCAGAAGAGGCCACCUCCCUGCUAG